AUGUUUACCCUUCGAGAUCUCUUUGUUCGAAUUGAACCUUUUCGUAGUGCUAUACUAUCUCUCCUUCGCCCAUUUGAUAUCUCAAGGCUCUUGCAGGCUACUUGCUGUAAUCUUUCAGAAUGGGAGAAAGGAGAGUACCUUAACUUCCUUGACGAUGUCUUUGAAGAUUCUUCUGUAAUCUCUCAGAUGGUGGAAUCCGGCAUGAAAGUUCGAAUUCUUGGCUCAGAUGUUGCAAGACUUCAAAAGAGACUACGUCAUUCUACGCCAUACAGUGUCUUGUCCGCAACCCAGGAAUUCCACCUCUUUGUUCUUGUAUCGGAUUCUUCAAGAGACUCAAAAAGCCACCCAACUUUAGUUCGAGAUUUCCGCCAAAUAUCUGAACAAGGCUUUGUGCCGGAAGAUCUCAGUCUUGUAGAACUUCAAUCUCGUUUUGAUACAUCAGUUGCCAGGCAGAUUGCCUCCUUCUCCCGUUGGAUCCUCUGUGCGCCGUACCUGGCUGGUACAAUGCCAAACAACUUGCCCGGAUGGAUUCCACUCUUAAGUACACGACCCCACAUGCACGUACGCACGUACAUAUCAACAUACAAUGAUUGCAAUGGCAAAAUUCUACACAUGGAUUAUAAUCUUACUAAAAAGCUUUUUGGCCUGAGAACACACGAGAGUCUACUCGGUAACGUGUCGGACCUAACAACUCACUGUCUCACACUGGAAAGAUCUGGCUCGAGCGCGCGACAGAUCAGAGGAAACUUUGUGAUAGGCUUCCUUCAUGACUUUUUAGAGGAGACCCAACGUAGAGGGGAGGUUCAGUUUGUUAUUACACAUACUUUGUAUUCUUCACAUUGUUAUGUAGCUGUAGAGAUCCGAUAA